UUACAUUUUACCGCCACCGUCGCGACCACGUACAACCGGUAAUAAUGUUGGCAACGCCGGUCAAAGGCCACUGCACUACUAUGGCAACCUCUUGCUGCCCUCCAACGAGAAUGCCUUCACCCAGCAAGGCAGUACGAAUGUGGGCGGCGGUAGCUUGGCAGCGAAAUAUAUACCGAAUGUUGGUAUACGGUACACAGCGGUGGUGGCGCCUACUUACAACAGCAAUAACAACAAUAACAACUACAAUAACAACAAUCAAGCCAAUCGCAACAACGGUGGCGGCAAUUACUUCGACGUGAACAAUAAAUUGCAUGGCAAAUACUAUAAUGCCAAAACGAAAAAGUACAAGGCAUACGAGAAGGUCAAAUACGUGCCACAAAACUAUUAUCCACUUUCUGCAUUGGCACUACCCAUCGAAAAACCUUACACAAACGCAUUCAAUCAAGAGCAGUUCAUACGCACACAACAGUUGCCACAAAUUGCCGCACCAAACGCCUUUCGGCCAGCCGAAAAAGCAGCAAAUGAAACACAACCACACAGCGCGGCAUCAACACGACAAAAUACCGUUAGCGCCGCCGCAGCAACACCUAUAGCUGCCAACGCAGCUGCCACACAAGCCAAGUGGGCGCACGAGAAAGAUCAGUCGCUGUUAAAAGGCAAGUCCCUCCUCGAUUCCAGCAAAGCACAAGCGCCGUUACCAAUUACAUCAACAACAACAACCACGAAAAUAAACACAUCGGGAGGUCAACAGGUGAACGCCAUCUCGAGUGCGAAGAGCAGGUGAACGUGUAUAUAGCAACGUUACAGCAACACAAAUACAAAUUAAUUUGAGAAAAAAAAGUUUUCAAACGCAUUUACACCAACAAAAGCAAGAAUGUACAGCAAAUAUACAAAUCAUCAAGUACUUUAGCAUUUUAAUUUACUGUUAUAUAAUUGACAUUUUCACAAUUUUUGUUGCAUUUUGUAAACUCUGCCAACUGCCUGUCAUUGUGCGCUGCAUUUGAGGCGCCCAAUGAAGGUUAACUAAAUAUUAGCUUUUACCACAUGAUCAAUGCCACUUUUGGGGCUCACAAUUUUUUUUUUUUUUUUUAAUUUUUGAUUUGCCAUAAGAAAGCAGCAACGAAAAUGCAUAUCUAUUGUAAUACUUUUUUAACUUAAACUGUAUUGUUGGUAGCGCACAAUACACCGUUAUAUGAAAUUACAUAAAUAUAAUGUUAUAUAUUAAAAACAAAGCUAUAAAACAAACACUGUGUACCAAUUGUAAUCGUACUAGUAAAUACGAAUGCUAAAAAUAAACGAAUGCUUUUUUAUGAAAAGUAAUUGUAAAUAAAUAAUAAUGUAUAAAUAAGAAA